UCGGGCACGCCCCUCCAGAAGCUGUUAACCAAGACAAUCUAGUUUUUUGUUUUUUUAAAUAAAUCCUUUAAGACACUUAUGAAGUUUCUUGUUCUGAAAUUGUUGUACUGCAAUGAAGAAAAGGAGAAAGGAUACUUCAAAUCUUGACGAGAAGAUCCAUCUAGGCUAUCAUAAAGAUUCUUCAGAAGGCAAUGUUGCAGUGGAGUGUGACGAAGUAACCUAUACUCAUUCCACAGAAAGACCAAUUCCUGAAGCUCUUCACUGUUACCAGGAACUUCCUCCUUCUCCAGAUCAGAGAAAACUUUUGAGUUCUUUGCAGUAUAACAAGAAUUUGCUGAAGUAUUUAAAUGAUGAUAGGCAGAAGCAACCAUCUUUCUGUGACUUACUUAUCAUAGUAGAAGGCAAAGAAUUUAGUGCACAUAAAGUUGUUGUUGCUGUUGGCAGUAGUUAUUUUCACGCGUGUUUGAGCAAAAAUCCAAGCACUGAUGUUGUCACCCUGGAUCACGUAACACACUCAGUUUUUCAGCAUUUGCUUGAAUUUCUUUACACAUCAGAAUUUUUUGUGUACAAAUAUGAAAUACCUCUUGUUUUAGAGGCAGCAAAAUUUCUGGACAUUAUAGAUGCAGUUAAGUUGCUAAAUAAUGAAAAUGUUGCCACUUUUCAGUCUGAGCUGGCUGAAAAGUCAUCACCAGAAGAAACACUAAGUGAAUUAGCUGGAAGACUAUCAAAUAAUCAUCAGUGUAAAUUCUGUAGUAGACAUUUUUGUUAUAAAAAGUCUUUAGAGAAUCAUUUGGCUAAAACUCAUAGGUCCCUUUUAUUAGGGAAAAAACAUGGGUUAAAAAUGCUGGAGAGAAGUUUUUCCACAAGAAGAUCGAAAAGGAAUCGGAAGUGUCCUGUUAAGUUUGAUGACACCAGUGAUGAUGAACAAGAAAGUGGUGAUGGGUCAGACAAUUUGAAUCAAGAAAAUUUUGAUAAGGAAAAGUCAGACAGAAAUGAUUCUGAGGACCCUGGAAGUGAAUAUAAUGCUGAAGAAGAUGAACUAGAGGAGGAAAUGUCAGAUGAAUACUCUGACAUUGAAGAACAAAGUGAAAAAGAUCAUAAUGAUGCAGAAGAGGAACCUGAGGCUGGUGAUUCUGUAGGAAAUAUUCAUGAGGGGUUAACUCCUGUAGUCAUUCAGAACAGUAACAAAAAAAUAUUGCAAUGUCCUAAAUGUGAUAAAACAUUUGACCGCAUAGGGAAAUAUGAGAGCCACACACGUGUUCACACAGGUGAGAAGCCCUUUGAGUGUGAUAUUUGUCACCAGCGCUAUUCAACAAAGUCUAACCUAACUGUUCACAGAAAGAAGCACAGUAAUGAAACAGAAUUUCAUAAGAAGGAGCACAAGUGCCCUUACUGUAAUAAACUUCAUGCAAGCAAGAAGACUUUAGCCAAGCAUGUUAAGAGAUUUCACCCUGAAAAUGCACAAGAAUUUAUUUCCAUUAAGAAGACCAAGAGUGAAAGUUGGAAAUGUGACAUUUGUAAGAAAUCUUUUACUCGAAGACCACACUUGGAGGAACAUAUGAUUCUACAUUCUCAAGAUAAACCUUUUAAGUGUACCUAUUGCGAAGAACAUUUCAAAUCACGAUUUGCACGGUUAAAGCAUCAAGAAAAGUUCCAUCUGGGUCCUUUUCCAUGUGAUAUAUGUGGUCGCCAGUUUAAUGACACUGGAAAUUUGAAACGCCAUAUAGAAUGUACCCAUGGUGGAAAGAGAAAAUGGACUUGCUUUAUCUGUGGAAAAUCAGUACGAGAAAGAACUACUUUGAAAGAACAUUUGAGAAUCCACAGUGGAGAAAAACCUCAUCUUUGUAGUAUUUGUGGGCAAAGUUUCCGUCAUGGAAGUUCAUACAGACUUCACUUACGAGUACAUCACGAUGAUAAAAGAUAUGAAUGUGAUGAAUGUGGGAAAACGUUUAUUCGUCAUGACCAUCUUACAAAGCACAAAAAAAUACAUUCGGGUGAGAAGGCUCAUCAAUGUGAAGAAUGUGGAAAAUGUUUUGGUCGUAGGGAUCAUCUCACUGUUCAUUACAAAAGUGUACACCUGGGAGAGAAAGUGUGGCAAAAAUACAAAGCAACCUUUCAUCAAUGUGACGUUUGUAAGAAAAUUUUUAAAGGCAAAUCAAGUCUAGAAAUGCAUUUUCGGACGCAUUCAGGUGAAAAACCAUACAAGUGUCAAAUUUGUAAUCAAUCUUUUAGAAUUAAGAAAACUUUAACAAAACACCUGGUUAUUCAUUCUGAUGCCCGACCUUUCAACUGUCAGCACUGUAAUGCAACAUUUAAGCGGAAAGACAAGCUGAAAUACCACAUUGACCAUGUUCAUGGCAUAAAAUCUCCUGACGAUCCUCUCAGUACUUCUGAGGAAAAACUUGUAUCUUUGCCAGUAGAAUACUCAUCUGAUGAUAAAAUCUUUCAAACAGAAACAAAACAAUAUAUGGACCAGCCCAAAGUUUAUCAGUCAGAAGCCAAGACUUUGUUACAGAACGUGUCUGCUGAAGUGUGUGUUCCAGUAACAUUGGUUCCAGUUCAGAUGCCGGACACUCAGAGUGAUCUGGUGCGUCAUACAACCACGCUGCCACCACCUUCUCAUGAGAUCUUGUCGCCGCAGCCACAAGCAACUGAUUACCCCCGAGCAGCUGAUUUAGCUUUUCUGGAAAAGUAUACUCUCACUCCUCAACCUGCAAAUAUAGUUCAUCCAGUACGACCUGAACAAAUGCUAGAUCCUAGAGAACAGUCUUAUCUUGGAACAUUACUAGGCCUUGAUAAUGCUACUGCUGUACAAAGUAUUUCUAAUAAUGAGCAUCAUUCAUGAGUAAAUCUAAACAUUCCACAGACUUUUUUGAUGGUUAUGUGCUAAUGGUAGCCUAGACUGAUGGCUUUUAAAUUAGUAAGGCUGCUAUUUUUUCAUUUUCUCUAGUUUCUCCAGUCCUCAGAACCAUUUCAAAUCAAGAAAAAUAUGUAUAUCUGUUUACUGAACAUAUGAAUGAAUAUUUGGACACAUUUUGAGGUAUAAUA